GCUUUCUAAUAGUUUGUGUAUAGUUUCUCCGAAUACUAGUUUCACUGUUCAGUCAGAAUUACAAACAGAAAACUUUGAACAAAAACAAAAAGUCGUAAUGGAGGAAAUUGAUAAAAAUAAUGUAACUGCAGAAUUUGGUGAGAUUGUAAUUGUUGAGGAUAAAAGUUUUUGCAACUUGCCGAGAAAUCAAAUUUCGCAGAAGAAGGUAAACGCAUUUCAGUUCAUGAUGGAAAGCAGAAACAAGAGUAUAGGUCAGAAUUCAUCUGGAAAGGACAAAUCGGUAGAUGACCUCGAAACAAGUGACGAAAUGGAACAUAAAGAAGUGCUUUCAGCUAGAAAAAGAGUCUUUGAAAAUUGGUCAAAUAAGAAGGGUGCUAUAAAAAGAAAGAGAGAGGAAGAAGAAAAGGAAGAGAUGAUCAGUUAUAAAUUACAAAAACGUGCAAAACGAAUGAAACAGUUACUGAAAAUUGAUGAGUUAAAAGAUGUCGAGAACGAUGUUGGAAAAAAGAGAAGAAAGAGAUCCAGAAGAAUUUCAACUAGCUCCUCUGAGGAUACUAAAGAUUCCGUGAUAAUUCAAGAUUCGAAUGAAAUUUUAACUAAUUCAAUUCUAGAAGUUAUUGAAGAAAAUGUUCAAGAUAAGGUUCUCAAUGAAUCAAAAAGGAGAGAAUCUAAACAAGGCCUGUUAAACUUUUUUGGUGUUGUGAAUAAAUCAAAGAAUUCGUCGACUGUAGAUGGAGUUGAAAAUGUCACAGAGAAAGAGGUGGUUAAAAUAAAAUUAAACAAAUCUAAGGUAAAGAAGAAAAUAAAGUCAAAUUUAAAUACUGAAAAAACAGUAGAUAAAUCUUUAAAAAAUAGUAUUGCAGAGGAAAGUAGCAAUGAGGUACAUAAGAGGUCAAAAAAGAAAAAGCAACAGAGGUGUAUUAAAGAAUCGUCAAAAAAUUCAAAAUCGCCUAAAAUUCCUAAAGAUGGAACUAAAAAUGAUGGAGAUGGUAGUUUCACACCUCGUUCUUUGAAAUCAUGGAAAAUUAAGAUAAAAAUGAAUAACCAAAAUAAUGAAAACGAUCACCAUGAAGAAGAUCCUAAACAAAAAAGACCUCAAAGAUCUAAAAGAAUAUCCGGUUACGGACAGCUUUUUGCAGACGAAAGUUCCAGUGAGGGAGAAUUGAUUCAUUCUCAAAGAAAAAAACUGAACAAAACAUCAGAAGACAAUGAAGUUGUAUGCUUGGAUGAAGAUUCAAAUAAUAAGAAGAAAGAGACACCAAAGCCAAUUAAAGUAGCCCCAGUAUUUACCAAAGCAACCCCUAAACCUAAGCUUGCCCCUGAAAUUGUCGAAGCGCGAAAGAAGUUUUUAAUGAGUGGUAUUCCGGAUUCCCUGAAGAGAACUAUAGAAAAACAGCAAAGUGUCGAAGAAAAAGAGUACGAUGUUUUUCCUUCCAUAAGCCACGUUCAACAGAGGUGUGAAACACAUUCAUUUUGGGACCUUUCAUCGCCUCAAUUAGACUUAAAAGUUUGUUCGCCUUUAAAGAUAGGAAAGGUAGUAAUGUGUGCUAGUUUAACGAACAGCCGCAUCACCAGUUCAGUAAAUAUCCAAAAAGAAGUGGAAAAGAUCGAUAAACUUAAAGCGCUGUUGAACAAAAUUAAACUGGACAAUCCCAACUACCCCGUGUACAAGUCUUUUAGACUAAUUUACGAGAAAAGUGGUAAAAAAAGCGAGAAAAAAGAGAAAAGUGUGUUAGAACUCAAAAAAACUAAAAAGGGUCAUGGUAAAAAAUUAGAUAAAAGUAUUGAAAUCAUCAACGACGUUAAACCAGAAAGCGAUUCCACCGAACACGCAAUGUGGACUGAUAAAUACAAACCGAGCUGUUCAGAAGACAUCAUUGGCAACAUGGAAGGCGUAAAAACCCUGAAAAAGUGGCUGGAAUACUGGAAAAACUUCAGUGAGGAAAUCAACUCUAAGAAAAAGAAACGAAAGGAGUACUGCAGUGAUUCCGAGUUUGAUACGACAGACUGUGACAGCAGGGACAGCACGAAAUUACCUGACAACACCAUCGUGGUAGGAGGACCUUGUGGAAGCGGAAAAAGCACCGCCAUCUACGCGAUAUGCAACGAACUAGGAUUUAAUGUUAUCGAGCUGAAUGCUUCAAGUAAGCGAACGGGCAAACGUUUACUUCAGGAGCUGCAAGAAGCAACGCAGUCUCACCAAGUGCGCAAGAAAAAGCACAUUUUCGAGUCGAAGGAAGACAAAGAACAAACCUACAAGAAGAUGUGUGUGCUACUCAUAGAAGAUGUGGACGUAGUUUUCGAACAAGACGACGGUUUUAUUUCAGCUCUUAGUCAAUUGGUUGGUAGCAGCAAAAGGCCGGUAAUUCUUACUACAACCGACACUAGUUCCGUGUACAUUCAGAAAUUCAUAAGCCAGUACCAGUAUAUUUCGUUUUUACCGCUUUCAUCACAAUCCCUCGCCACGUGGUUGCAAAUAGUAUGUUUGGUGGAAGGCCUCUUCGUAAAUCAAGGUGACGUCGGCAGUCUUUUGGAGUUUAACAAGGGAGACAUCAGAAAAACAUUGCUCCAAUUGCAGUUUUGGGUACAAUCCGGUGGUCAAAUUAUUCGAGACAAAUUACCAAUAAAAACGAAAGCCGAAGUCGUAUCCAUGGAAGGAAAAUUAGCAGAUGACGAGGAAGAACCUUGCUUGGAAGAGAAUGGCAAAGAAACUCAACAAAUUUUUGUUCACUCAGACUGUAUUAGAAGUUUUGAAGUCUUCAAGCAUCAUAAGCCAUACACAGUGCCUUAUUAUAUAAAUUUAGGUUUGUUGUGGUGGAAUAUACCGAAUAUCCUCCACAUCCCAAGCUUUUCCGAAGAUCGGAUUAAGAAAUUCAAAGAAAACCACUUUGAACUUGACAAGGGUGACGAAAAAGCGGUAACUGAGAUUCGAAGUAAAAAAUUAAGUUCGAUCGAGAAAACAAAGCUAGACUCGUUAUCGAAACUCUACGAUUCUUUAGCAUAUACAGAUGUUUUGUUUAGGACUGUGACUCACCAUUCAAAUUUGGAGCCCGAUGUGAAAAAUUUUAGUGCAACAGUUAAAGACAGUCUAGAGUUGGGUGAAGUUUUGGACGGUUACGAUGGUUACAAGGACUUUGUGCACGAAAUCACUCACAGUUUAAUGAACGGUUAUGUGGAGGAAUUUAAUAAUAUUGAGAAAACCGAACCUGUGUUGGAUAUUGCAAUGCCUGAAAAAGCAGAAAGAAGGUGGAGAGCAAAAAUGCAUGUAUGUGAAGACGUCUUCCUAGAAGCCUUACCUCCGUCAACGUAUAUCGAAAGAAGAUCGAUUGCAGCAGAUUACAUGCCUUUCUUGAGGGACAUAUCCAGGUCGGAAAGUCGUAGAGCUGCAAAUAACACGAAACGAAGGAAUCGAUUCAGAAAUUAUCUUCAAAGUUUAGGUAUAAGUCGUAACAACAACGCGGUAAAAAUAGCUUGUAAUAUCCUGAGAGAAUGAUUUUUAAGUUUGUAUUGAAUUUUUUUUAAUUAAACUGUAUAUUUUAAA